UUAAUGUCAUAUUUAAAUCUCAAACGUGAAUUAUCCCUAAAGAAUGUGUUAAUAUAUUAUUAAAUUGGAAAAAUUAAACAUUAUUUAUUAAAAAAAUAAUGCAUGCAUUUUAUUCGAACGAGCAACAGAACACUUAUUACUAAUAUUUCUUUGUUUAUCAAUUAUCAUCCUUCAAAAUUGAAUUCAAAAUUAAAGCGUCGUUACUUUUUUUUCGAUUAUUUGGAAAAUAUAUUGCUCAGCGUUUGAAAAUACCCUGAAACGUUAUGAAGUUUAAACAGCUAUUGGAAGUGCGUGUGAUUUGGGCAAAGGUCGCGGGAUCUAAUCCCAGUAAAGGCAUAUAACCAAAUCAUAAAAAAAACGUGCGUUUUGUGCUAUUAUUUCUUUUAUUAUUUAAUUUAUUUGAAAAUAUUAUAAUUGUGUAAGUAAAAUAAUUUAAUGAUUUUUUUUACAAACAUGCGAAAAUCUGGGAAGAAUUACAUAUAAGGGUGUACGUAGUUCGCCAUAGAUUUCCUUCUUACUGAAUACACCCAAUAAAAUAGCACCAAAACAUAUGACUUAAAAGUAUAUAGUUCCACGAGAGAACUUCUAAAUCAAUACAUGAAAAUAUUAUAGUACGCAAUCCUUAAGAAAACAACGACGUUGUGUUCAUUAGCAUAGUGUGUUGCUCGAUUACCGCCAUCGAUCUUUUUGAUAAUAAACAAGAACAAUUUCUUUUCGUUCAAUUGAUCAAGUAUCUAGCGGGCAGUGUUCUAUGCACUAACAGAACGUGUGAAAAUGCGGCAGCAGAGGGGAGCUUUUGUUUCCAACAAUCAAUCAUACAGACAGAUUACUGUAAGCUCCUGUCGUUCAACAAAUCUACUUCGAGAGAUUAUGAACUUUAAUCCAGUUUUAAUAAGAUAUUGCAUUUUAUUACUUCUAUUAUUUGUCUGAGAUUUGUUUAUUGUAAAUUGCAUUGAACGUGUAAAUUAUAUUAAAAAGUUUUCAUUUUAAAUGCACAAUUUCGUGCAAAUUUAAUUUGAAAAAAGUGACUUGUGUAACGUAUUGAUCAUUGGCAGUUUCAACAUACCGCGAACAGUCACUGUUACAUAAUAAAGAGCUUAAAAUGUUCAUAACGAACGUGCGACUACAUACAUUUUGCUCGUUCCAUAUGUUAGUUCGUUGGAAUGCUUGACAAUGACGACAAAACGGGACUUCGCAAAAAGCGCCCCUGUGCGACGAUUAAGUCGUCAGGCGCAAGGAAAGAAGAACAAUUCAGUGAAGGAGAUUCAACAAUGGAUCGCCAAAGAUGGCGGUGGUGAUCAGACAAUGCGCGGAGCACGUAACGUCAGUCAGCUAACAGAAAACGUCACCGAGGAGCGCAUGUUGUACGCACGUAAGCUGGAGCUGGGUAGAGAACGCUCUAAGUUUUUGUCAUUGCAUGAGUACGAGAAGCAGAAAUUCGUGGAAAGGCAAUCCACGAAGGACAAAAUGAUGAAAAAGUACAUGGACUCGGCCCGCAAAGUGAUUGAAAAGGCGCAUUCAAGGCGGACGUUAACUGUGCACAUUCCGCAAGUGGAAUACUAUUCACUGACUAGCACCCCUGUGGGUGACGAGAACACGCCACGCCUUGAGUCACCAGUGUCCGCAAAAUACAACAUUUCUUCAAACAGACGGAUGAAAUCCUGUCCGCAAUUGCGUUCAAACCCAAGAAUUCACACCGCGAAAAGUAAUACCGAGGCGACAAGAGGUGUUGUCUCUAGUCAAGGUGAAGCGUUUUCCGUACCUGUCAACGAUUCUCUGAAAAGUGUGUCUUUGUAUUCUGUAGAUGGACCUAGCAGACCGAGUUCUACGUUGACCAAGCAUGCAGUUAACGCUACAAACAGUUUAACGAAAAUUGCCCUUACGAAUCGUGCAUGUUAUGUUAACACAAGUCAUGGAACAAAUGAGGAAAACCUACGAGUAAGUGCUAAGGCGGAUGUCGGUCGGCUUCCACUAACUCCGAGCGGUCGGCCUAAAACAAUUAUCAAUGAUAUCGGUCAGGCAGGCACCUUGCAAAGGGGACAGAGGUCCUCGAGUCCGACUAAAUCCGUGAAAUUGCUUUCAGUGCGCGAAGACACAAAACCAACGCUAACCGCCCCAGGUACGCCACAACAGUCACGUGACGCUAACACGAUGGAGCGCGCCUCGUCCUCCGUUACAGACCCCCGCUACUUGGCCCUUGAAACUACGCUGAUUCCUGCUGUACCACUCAAGAAGAAACCUCCACCGGUGGUUGACAUAAUUGCGAAAAACGCCGUUCUGAAAAUGAGGUCGAAAUGCGAAAGUGCCGCGAGUGCGAAACAAAUGCACACGAAGUUUAUUGCACUUUUGUUAGAGAAAGAACUAGGAUAUCGUUAGACGCUGUUUGGUGUAUAUAUA